AUGUCACUUGACCAGUGGCGAAACAUUUUCCUCGAGAAAACUAGGGAGCACUUCCAAGACCAAUGGAGUCUCACGUUUGAUGACAACAUUGAAGAAAUCCAACAAGGCAGUGGUGGGUGGUACCAGUAUAUCCGUGGGUCUUUUGCAAGGUUCACAUGCUCCUUAUGCAAAAGAUCCUGGCCCUCCAAAAAGGUAUUAGUCAUCUUCCAUUUCACCUUAUUUCAUGAGAGGAGCGAGGGAAAGGUGAAAGUGAGACGUUACAGACAGAAAUGCAGGAGGUGUCUGCAGGCUCAGAUGGAAGAACCACUUUUUACUGGGGAAAAUAUUAAAGUUUUGGUGGACAAGAUCAUUGAGAAGAUCCGAAUGAGAUGUUACAAUGAAAACAUAGGAAAACAAAAUAGAUUCUCUCAGUUCCAUGGACGGGUCAAUGGACCACAUGAGAGAGCCCACUGUGAGGCAUGCCUGAAAGGGAUCUGCAGAGAUGGCAAAUGA